GAAUGUGAGAAGCUGAUGAGUGAGAAGACAGAGAUGCAGAGACAUUAUGUCAUGUACUAUGAGAUGUCCUAUGGCCUGAACAUCGAAAUGCACAAGCAGGUAAGUGAGUGGGGUCUGUGCCAGCAGCAGGAGAUGGUGGAGAAGAGGCCAAGGUUGGAGACUUCGUUGGAAAAUUCCCUUCCUCAUCCCCGUGUAGCUGUAAUGGCACGGGAGACAUGACACGGCUCUCUGCAAGGGACUGGCUUCAAAGGAGUCCAGAUGUUGUCGGGACAUGUGCUGUUGAGUUCCUUGGGACAGGGACCUACCAAUCCAAAUCACCACUCAGAGCCUCUGUGUGAGCCCUGGUGCCUUCCUGCAGAGGGUCCCUGGGGCCUGAGUUGAGGGAGGGAUGUGGAAGAAACAGCAGAAGCUGGAGCCCAAGGGCAAAUUGAUUGUCUUUCUUUUCUUUUUUUCCUAAUCUCCUUUUCCCUAAGUCAGAGGAGUGUUUUUACCCUCCCUUGGUUCCCCUUUUGUUCCAGUGUUAAUUUGUUUUCCCUCUUCAGAUUUAUCAAUCUAGUCAUCAUGGGCUCUCUGCCAGGGAAAUUAGUUUGGACCAAUGCCUGACAAAGUGGCAAGUCAACUGCCAUAUUCCUCCAGCUGGCUCAGCCCCUCUCGAGUUUGCUCCUUUUGGUAGCAGGGAGUAUGGUAGAGACCAUGAGCAUAUUCCUGCCAUCCCCACAUGCUUCAAGAUCUGGUGGGACUGGGACCCACGGAUGGGACUGGGACCCGGGGUGGCCCAUGCCACAUGGGGCCAGUGGCUCUGCCCACAAGGCGAUAGAAGUGAGGGCCAAGCGACUGAGAAGCAGGAGCCCUGACCCACCUGGGUCCAGCUCCUGGCUCUACCUGGGCAGGAGAGGUCUGGAGGGGAGGCGUCUUUGACUCCCAGGGUCCUGAGUGGGCAUUGUGGCAGUGGCUGAGACAGCAGCUGGGACCUGCAGGUGAGCAGGGCGCUGAUGGGUGCGGGGGUGCUCCCAGGGUGCAGCAGGUAAAUGUUCCCUUUGUUGGCUCUGAGCGUGGUUUGAGCUCUGCAACACUGUCGGGGAUUAUCAGAAAUCUGAGAUGAAAAAAUGCUUCAGAGCAGCCAAUCCCUCCACCAGUGCCAGGGUAGAUUUGCAGUGAGGGAAUCGAGUUUUCCCCAGGAGACAUGGGUUUUCUCUUGGAGAGGCUGGGCUGGAAGCCACAACCCCUUUGCUCAGAAGUGCUGCUUACCCUGGUGGGGCCGUGGCUGGGCUGUGGGUCUGUCUGUUACCACAGGCUCUCCUCAGAGGAUACACCAGGUUCUCUGCAUUCCCUUGUUGCUGCUGCUGGGCAGGGGCAGGUCCGAGGUGUUCUGUGCCUCUGCUCCCCCUUUGGAAGGAGCAGGGAGAGCUGCCGGCUGGCCCAGGACUUGAUGGGGAUGGCAGCGGGGUCCCUGCUCUGGGCAGGGCAGGUACCACCAUCAGUUCCUUGCAGGGUUUGCAGGCACGAUGCCAAGAGGGCUGAAUCUGUGGGUUCUGUGUCCCUUGCUCUGCCCUGGCUUUAAGUCCGACACUCGGGGGCAGCGCAGUGUGUGAGUGGCCCACUGCCAGCGUCUGCGGCUCAGCUCUGCCCCGUCCCUGCCUCUGCCAGUGGCAGCCCCAAAGCCAACCUGGGUUUGGGCUGAGCAAAGCCAGCUGGGCUGUGACAGGAGUGACAGCUUGGAGCUUGCCUUGGCCUGGGUCCACAGAGGGAUUUGGGCAUCGGGAUCCCUCCCACGUGCCUCUGGGACCUGGCAGCCUGGAGGGGUCCAGCAGCUUUGGGCAGAGUCUUCUCUUGGCAGCAGGAAGACCCAGAAGGGAUGUAGAGGCAGCAGGAGAAUUUCCACUGAGAGGGUUUGGGUGGGGAGAGUUUAACUUUGCCUGCAUGUCUGCAGGAUGCUUGGCUGCCCUCCCCUCUGCUGGAGGGGACGGGAUAGGGCUCAGAGCCCUCCAUCCCAGGCGAUACCUGCUUCCUCUUUCAGGCAGAGAUUGUCAAGAGACUGAGUGCCAUCUGUGCCCAGAUUAUCCCCUUUCUGACACAGGAGCACCAGCAGCAGGUCCUGCAGGCGGUGGAGCGGGCCAAGCAGGUGACCAUGGGAGAGCUCAACAGCGUCGUUGGAAACGUGCCCCAAGCCGGAGCAUUUCUUGUUCCCCCCCUGAGCGCCUGCAGGAUGAGGAGCGGAUGGGCCGGAAGCGGAAGCGGGAGGAGAAGAACCUGCCUGGGCAUUCUGAUAAUGAUGGGGACAAGAGCAACUACAACCUCGUGGUGGAUGAGGACCCCACCUCGGAGCCCAGCAGCCCUGGCUGCUCACCCGGCAGCCGGCUGGCACCAGUUCGUGGGGAGAUGCCGAGCCCGGCCUGCGCCUCCUCCAGUGGGAGCACAACACCCCUCGGGCCAAAGGGCCAGUGUCCGUUUCAAGGCCACACGGAUGGUGCCAGCUGCAUCGACAUCUCCAAUGAUGGCACCAAGCUCUGGACAGGGGGGCUGGACAACACUGUGUGCUGCUGGGACCUGCGGGAGGGGCGGCAGCUGCAGCAGCACGACUUCAGCUCCCAGAUCUUCUCCCUGGGGUACUGCCCAACAGGAGAGUGGCUGGCGGUGGGGAUGGAGAGCAGCAACGUGGAGAUCCUGCACGUCACCAAACCUGACAAGUACCAGUUACACCUCCACGAGAGCUGUGUCCUCUCCCUCAGAUUUGCCUCCUGUGGGAAGUGGUUUGUGACCACAGGGAAGGACAACCUUGUCAAUGCCUGGCGGGCACCCUACGGAGCCAGCAUCUUCCAGGUGCGGGGGAGGCAUUUGUACAGGGGGAUGACGGUGGAUCCAGCCACCAGCCCUGCCCUCACCUCCUGUCUCUCUCACUCUCAGUCUAAGGAGUCUGCCUCAGUCCUGAGCUGUGACAUCUCCGUCAACGACAAAUUCAUCGUUAGGGGAUCUGGUGACAAAAAGGCCACCGUGUACAAGGUGGUCUGUUGAAGCCCCAUCACUAUCCCUCCUCCAUCAAGGAAGGGGCCUCUCCUUGUCCAAAGCCACCAGGGCUCACAGAGGCCUCCAGCCCUGCUUUCCACAGCCCUGCUUUCCCUCCUCCUCCUUUGCUUUCAGACGCCAAACCAAGGCCCUGGCCUAACUCCCUGCCCCAGUUAAUGCAUGAUGAUUGGAGGUGAGGGCUCAGGGGGGCCUGGCAUCCCCCAAGGCAGGGCAGGGGCUGGGCUGUGUGUCCUGCGACCUGUCUGUACCUCAGGCUGGCUGCAUGGGGAGCUGAUCAAGGCCAGUACCACCUGAAUAUGUCUUGAAUUACUGCUACUGAUUUAAUGGGAACCAUUUUCUGCUGGAGAAACAGCUGUAAAUUAUCAGUAAAUAAAUGUAUUUAACUGUG